AUGAGUAGUAGUAGUAGUAGUACUCCUGAUGUACCUACCUCAAGAACCGAUCACGAUAAAGCGUCCUUCUCAACUGAUUGCAAUCGCAAAACAUCUCUUGAUUCAACAAGCUCUUCAGAGUGUUCGGACAUUGAAUACAAUGAUACAAGUUGCUACUAUAAUGAUGACUACAAUGAUAUUUUGAAGAGAAUCUUGAAUAAGCAGCAUCCUGUAAGGAUCUCUCUGAAGCUCUAUGUGACAGAGAAUACUUACAGCAUAUGGGAUACGAUCCUCGAUCGCAGCCGCAGUAUCCUGUAUGUUGCAUUGCCAUCAAUUUUGCUGCCAGCAGCGUCUAAACAAUCAUUCAUCUCUCUUUUGGACUUUGCCGAGGAGAAACUCAAAUGCAACAGCGUGAUCCUCUGCAUGAGGAAAGAUCGCGAGGAUCGUGCCAAUCUUGUGCGAACGUUCCUCUUUCUCGGUUUCCAGCCACUUGCUCCUAAAUCCGAAUUGGCACCACAGGCCACGGAUGAGGGGAACCUCUAUCUUAUCUACAACAUCAAUGAGGAGUAGGAAGGCAGAUGAAUGAGGGUUUGAAAAACCUUUUUAAUUUCAUUUAAUUUAAUAUUAAUAGUUCUGUCGCUGAAAUCUUCUAUUUAACAGCAUCUAUAAACAUUUAAUUUCAUUUUGAAAAACUUUUUUCCUAUUACAUUCACUUAUUCUACACAUAAGAACAUUUAUUUUUAUUUAAUCACAGCGCUUUAAAAAAUAUCAAUGAACUUGUCAAAUUAUUAUCUUUAUGAAUUAUUUUUAUCGUUUUUGUGAUUGAUUUCAAGUCAAAAUUUUGCGUCGUUUUAAGAGAAAAAUUAUUAAGAAAAAAAUAUAAAUCAAAUAUAAUUAUUGAAGUCAUCAUUAUAAAAAAAUAUUAUCCCCUAAAAAACAAAGCAUAACUACACUUAUAUAUUUAAUGAAAAAACAAAAACUUGUAUCAGAAAAAAAUGUAUUUGCGAUUUUUUGUAGUUUUAUGUAGUUGAUGAGAAGGAUGCUCUAUCUAAGGUAUAUUGAGAAAAAAAAAACUUUAAAAAAUGUAAAAAAAAAAUUAUAAAAGGUACCAAAAAUCUAAAAAAAAAUUUAAAAAUCUUUAAAAAGUGGCAAACAAAAAAAAUGAAAUUUACUUGUAGUUUCCAGAAUUCUUAAUUUUCAUUUUAAUCCUUUAAUUUUUUAUUAGUUUUUUUUUGUAUGAGAUCUUUUUUUUUCAAUCACAAUAUAUCAUGAGUUCAAAAAUGUUAAAUAAAAGUUUUAGAUUUAAGAGAAAUAACUAAUAAUGAAGUUUCAAAUUAAAAUAAAACACUACAAAGCAAUUAAAUUGUUCCGUGAUUAAAACUUUUUCUUUUUAUUCUUAUACCUAUUUUAUGUUUCUUUUAUUUUAUUUCAAUCUAUAAUUUAACAAAAAAAAAUUUAUAUUUUUUAAGUAAGACGAAAGGAGGAAUUGGGAGUUGAGUGAUGAUAAUGGAUAAACAUUUUUGCAGAAUCUGAAUGAAAUCGAAAAGUAUUAUUCUUGCAAAACAGAAACAACUGAAACAAAAAAUAAAAGAAACUAAAGGUUCUGCAAAAAAAGGCUAAGAAAAUAUAAAAAUAAUUUUCAUUCCGUUUCAUUCUUUACAAAAAAUAACAAAACACAAGAAAACACAUUUUAUUUCUCAGAAUAUUUAAAAACUCUGCAUAGUUUCUUUUUUAAUGUAGAAAAACAAAAAAAAAGUACCAGAAAAAAUUAAGAAAUAUAUAAAAUGAAAUCUUUCACUUUCACGUUCUUAGACUUAAUUUUAUUAAUGAAGUUUUACAUCUUUUUUUUGGUAAUUAUUGGAUUGGAGAUAAAGAAAUAAAUAAAGAAGUGAAGGAAAUGAAGAAAAUAUUGAAAUAUCGCAAUUAUAUAUGUUCUUAUGUAUAUUCAAAUCGCAAAACAAUAAAGAUUGAUUAGUAUACAAAAAA